AUGUCUUUUAUUGUGUUCGUGAUAGCUCUCUUUAUAGUUAUCAUGGUUACUUUAAUGUACCAAAACUCUAGUUUUGAACAACUUGAGAUGCUUUCAAAAGACAUUGCAAUGAAGGAUAUGGUUGAGAAGAACAUUACAGCUGGAGGGCCAAAUGCUACAACUAAUGAGUCUAGUUUGAGACAAAAUGUAACACAGGAAAAAGUUGGAGCAAAAGGUGAGAUUGAUACCAAAUUCAAAAAAUCUACGGGCUCUAAAAAUAUUUUGUUGACACAUUCAACAAAUAAUUCUACUCCAACCUCGUCAAAAGAGAUCAUUGAUGAUAACAAAGAGAGAUUGCUUGAUGGACUCUUAGUUCCUGGAUUUGAUAAAGCAUCAUGCAUAAGUAGGUUACAAUCUCAUUUUUACCACAAAUCUUCCCCACACAAACCUUCUCCAUAUUUGAUAUCCAAAUUACGAAAAUAUGAAGAAAUUCAUAGAAAAUGUGGACCAAACAGUAGAGCUUACAAUAGAGAUAUGGAAAUUAUUGCAAACUCUAAGAAUAAUAAUGGUUCGUCAUGUGCUUCAACAACUUGCAAAUACAUUAUUUGGGUACCCGCUAAUGGUUUAGGUAACCAAAUAAUUAGCAUGGCUUCAUCAUUUCUUUACGCGCUCCUAACAGAUCGUGUCAUGCUCGUAAAAUUUGGAAAAGACAAAGAGGGCUUAUUUUGUGAGCCAUUUUUGAAUUCAACUUGGUUGUUAUCGAAGGAUUCACCUUUUUGGAAUGCAGAAAAUAUUCAAUCAUAUCAAAGAACUAUAGACAUGGAACUCUCCAAUACAUUAAAUGAAGAUUUGCCAUUAGCUAUGCACGUGGACUUAAGAUAUAGUCCAUCACAUGAUGAGAGAUUUUUUCAUUGUGACCACAGUCAAUUUCUCCUCAGUAAAAUUCCUCUACUGUUUUUGGAAGCAGGUCAGUAUUUUGUACCUUCUUUUUUUAUGACACCAAUUUUUCAAAAAGAAUUAAGCAAAAUGUUUCCAGAAAUUACUUCAAUUUUCCAUCAUUUGGCACGCUACCUAUUUCACCCUUCAAACAAAGCGUGGAAACUAAUCACUAGUUUCUACCAACAACACCUUGCUAAAGCGAAUGAAAGAAUUGGACUUCAAAUAAGAGUAUUGAAUACUAAAUCAACUCCACAUGAACUUUUCAUGAAUCGAAUUCUGAAUUGCACAUUACAUAAUAAAUUACUUCCAAAAGUAUUUGAUACAAAAAAUACUUCAUUGUCUUCCAAUGGCAAAAACAAGACAAUAAUAAAGGCUGUUCUUGUGGCAUCAUUAUAUCCGCAAUAUAGUGAGAAUUUGAAGAUGAUGUAUAUGAAUAAAUCAACCGUUACUGGAGAAGUAAUUGAGGUUUAUCAACCAAGUAGUGAAGAGGAACAAAUAUUUGAUGAUAAUGAGCAUAAUAUGAAGGCUUGGGUUGAUAUGUAUUUACUAAGUUUAUCUGAUGAAUUAGUGACUACAUAUCAAUCUACUUUUGGCUAUGUUGCUAAGGGAUUAGGAAACUCGAAACCAUGGAUUCUUUAUAAUCCUGCUAAUAGCAUGGAGAUUUGUGAACGUGAAUUUACACCGGAGCCGUGUUAUCAUUAUCCUCCUUCACAUUAUUGUGAUAGUGAAGAUGUUAUUGAAGAUGUUGCUUCCUCUUUUCCUAAUAUUAGACAUUGUAAGGAUUAUUCUUUUGGCUUGAAGCUAGUUAAUAGUUCCGUAUAAUUGUAAUUGUUUCAUGAUUAUAGAUAUUUUUUUAAUAAUAAGGUAUUGCAUAGGAACACAUAUAUUGAUAUUUUUAGAAACG